AUGCACGAGUGUCCCCUUACACAGCACGUUGGGGAACUACACAAACCAUGUGAUUUCUUGUUUACUUUUGCAUCCUUUGACACAACCACACAGUCUUGUCAUGCUUUGCUUCCAAGGAAGAGCAUUGUGGAAUCAGGAUUAAGAGGGACACUAUGGGAAAUUUGGGUCCAAGCAGUCAAUACAAUCAGAACGAGUGUGCACAAAAGGCUGGGGGAGCUGUCUCACGAUUUCGUCGGAAACUGACAAUCACUGAAACCGAACUGGCUUUACCAGUUCUUGCAAUUGGAACUAUGCAAGGUCUUGGUCCUGCUUGUAUCUUCCUGCGCAAGGGCAUUGCUGAGAAGCAAGGGUAUCGAGAGCUGGGUACAGAUGAGAUAGAAGAGCUUCGAGAUGCUUUUGUGGAGUUUGAUAAAGACAAAGAUGGGUUUAUAACCUGCAAAGACCUGGGAAAUCUGAUGAGAAUCAUGGGAUACAUGCCUACUGAGAUGGAGCUUAUUGAGCUUUCCCAGCAGAUCAAUAUGAACCUUGGGGGCCGAGUAGAUUUUCAAGAUUUUGUUGAGCUCAUGACCCCAAAGUUGCUGGAGGAGACAGCCGGAAUGAUUGGAGUGAAAGAAUUGAGAGACGCCUUUAAAGAGUUUGAUGCGAACGGUGAUGGGGAGAUAACACUGGAUGAACUACAACAAGCCAUGCAGAGGCUUCUAGGAGAGAAACUGACGACCAGCGAGAUUGCAGAUGUGGUGCGAGAGGCCGAUCUGAAUGGAGAUGGGACUGUGGAUUUUGAAGAGUUUGUCCGAAUGAUGUCACGCUGACCCUUGACCCACCACAUUUCUAUGUGAUGGCCAAAUUCAUGAAAUUCCUCUAGAGAGGUCCGUUGCUCUCCAGACCACCUCAAUGACCUAGAGCUGAAUAGAACCCCUGGGUACUGUGUUACCUUGGCCUCCAGAUUUCUCUGUGUUCCUCUGCAUAAAUCUUAUAAAUAAAGAUGGCUACUUUUAUAAA